AUGGAAAAUUUUUCAGAUGUUGAGAAAAUUGGUGAGGGAACAUACGGCGUAGUUUAUAAAGCUAAACAUAAUGAAACUGGAAAAGAAAUUGCUCUAAAGAAGAUUAAACUUGAAAAUGAGCCAGAGGGUGUGCCAUCAACAGCAUUGCGUGAGAUCUCUGUGCUGCGGGAGCUAAAGCACCCAAGUGUGGUGCAGCUAUUAGAUGUUUUGCUUGCUGACACCAAACUCUUUCUUGUAUUUGAGUUUAUGCACAUGGACCUCAAAAAACUUAUGGAGCUGUCUAAAGGCCCUCUGCGGUUGGAUCUAGUAAAGAGUUAUGUGCGCCAGUUGGCUGAAGGUGUGGCAUAUUGUCACGCACGUCGAGUGCUCCACCGGGAUCUUAAACCACAGAAUCUAUUGGUGGAUUCAGAGGGCCGCAUAAAACUGGCAGACUUUGGCCUGGCACGUGCCUUUGCCAUUCCUGUCCGUGCCUUCACACAUGAGGUAGUUACACUUUGGUACCGAGCUCCAGAGAUUCUGCUUGGCGCAAAGUUCUACUCUACUGCAGUUGACAUCUGGAGUCUCGCAUGUAUAUUUGCAGAGAUGGCAAGUGGGCGCACACUAUUUCCAGGUGACAGUGAAAUUGAUCAGCUGUUCCGGGUGUUCCGAGCAUUAGGGACACCUGGUGAUAAUGUGUGGGCGGGCGCGCGAUUACUACCUGAUUACCGGGCUUCUUUCCCACGCUGGCCAUCACGGUCUGCGCGCUUAUUACUGCCAGCUACAGUUAGACAACACCCAGCAGCUGCUGACCUGUUUGAAGCCAUGCUGCGAUAUGAUCCAAGUGAACGUCUUCCAGCUCGAGCUGCCCUGCAACAUCCCUUCUUGGCAGACGCGCGCCGCACUCCACCCGACCUUGUGCCAUCUUCCCCACCACUUUCCUCAUGA